AUUUCAUUCGACAACAACCUGCAUGAACUUGGUUACAGAUUCCUAUCCCAACGCCGAACGUAUUUAGUUGUAUUAGUGGACUGUAGCUGAUACAUAAAAUAGCUCCCAACAUGUCUGCAGCACAGGAUGCUAGCUCUUUGUUGAACAUGGGCACUACCAAGAAGUAUGAUAUUCCCUUGGCCCACUUGGAUUACAAAUACAUUGAAGAAUGCAAUGAUGUCAAGUACCUGGAGAAGAUUCUUAGAAUUCUGAGGUCAGGGGAGGAAGGGAGAUACCCAGAUAUGGAGAGACAAUGUGAAGAGAAGAUAGAGGCACUCAACCCCACAAGUCGGAUUCUGAGGAAAGAGAUCCCAGUCAGAAAGAUAAAUGAGAUUGAGCGUACGGAGGGACAGAGUCUGCAGUCAGAUCUACAGAACUGGACAUCUGAAAUGAAAGUAGCUGAGGGUUCUGUGAAUGGAGAGUCUGAAUUUGAUGAUGACAGUCUCCCACCAAUCAGAUCAGGUGUUAUAUCACUCAGUGGUAACUCCACUCAACAAGAGAAAAAAUCAUCAAAGAAGAAUGUGAUGCCUCGCAGCUACAAAGAGUGGGACAAGUUUGAUGUGGAGAAAGAAGUGGAAGAAGUGGAGAAAGAGAAACCCAAACAGCCAGGCAAAUCCGCCGCUCAGCCAGUCAUUGAGAAUGUGAUCAACUCCACAGGAAUGUCUGAACGAGAGAAAGAGAUGAAGGCAAACAGAGAAAAAGACAAAGGAAAUGAGGCUUUCAGAGCUGGUGACUUCCAGGAGGCUAUAACAUACUAUUCCAGGAGUAUAUCCCUCCAACCCAACCCUCCCUCAUACAACAACCGGGCUCUAGCCUAUUUAAAAACCAAAGAGUGGAUGAAAGCGGAGUCUGAUUGUAACAAGGUUCUGUCCUGGGAGCCCAAAAACAUCAAAGCUCUUCUGAGAAGAGGAACUGCACAGAAAGGAAAGAAGUGUUUCAGGGAGGCUUUGGCCGACUUUCAGCUUGCUUUAGAACUGGAACCUAACAACAAGCGUGCAGAGGAAUUGAUUCAAGAACUUCAUAAGGAAGAGAAGAGGUAUGAAGAAGAAACGAAGGCUAAGAAAGAGAAGGGGAGGAGGAUGGUCAUUGAGGAAGUAGGAGAAGAGGAGGAGGAAGAGGAGGAGGAGGAAGAAGAGAAGAAGACAAGGAAGGGAAAGAAGAUGGUGAUUGAGGAAGUUGAAGAGGAAGAGGAGUCAGCUGAUGAAGAGAUUGUUGUAGAAGAGAAGAAAAGCUUUGAGAAAAAGAAAGCUACAGUAAGUGUAAAAUCUCAAGAACUGAACAAGACAAAGAAAACUGAAACCAACAAAAAGGAAAACAAGCCAAUGGUGAAUGGGUUUCACAAAUCGCCCAAACAAAAAUCUGACAGCAAAGACAUUUGGGAGGAAGGAGAAGUUUCUACACAAGACAAGGAGGGUUUUACCACUUUACGAACAAGACCUGAAGAACAAGACAUCAGUAAUGUUGAAAGUGAAAGUAAAAAUGUAGGAGAAAGUGAAAGUAGCAGUACAGACACAGGACCUGCACAAAGUGUUCCGCAGACUGAAUCUAGUGGACUUUCACUUCAGGAAAUUGAGAAUUCUGAAAACGAGAACAUUGCCAAUGCUUCCGUCGAAAGCAAUAGAGUAGAGGAGGAACCAAGCAAGAAAACUGGUUCCCACGAAGCAAUGGCGUCCAGCGCUGUUGUUGAGAAACCUCCGGAGGAGCUAGCCCCUGUUAGGCCAGUCUUUAUACAGUACCCCUUACCUGACCCCAUUGCGAAACUGAGGGAGGAGGGAAACAAGUUAUUCCGGGAGGGUCAGUACGGGGAUGCUGUUCAUAAAUAUACAGAGGCCCUCAACAGGCUUGAAUUAGAAAAAUCAGACCAGGUGGUGAAUAGAUCCCUGAUACACAGUAACAGAGCCGCCUGCCACAUUAAGACUGGGCACUGUGCUGCCGCGAUCAAGGACUGCACCGCGGCUCUAGAACUGCUGCCUCACUCCAUCAAACCGCUACUGCGGCGAGGAAACGCCUACGAAAUUCUAGAAAAUUACAGGGAAGCUUACGUAGACUUCAAGCAUGUUAUCAACGUUGACAACUCAAUUGAUUUUGCUCAUCGUGGUUCGUCCAGGUGCCAAAGUCAUCUACAGUCUGUAGAUGGUCCAAGAUGGAGAGAAAAAUUACCCAGAAUUCCCUCAGUGUUACACUGGGAAGUCCCAGAUAUACGGACACCAGAGGAAGCUGCUGGCUCUUCUUCAUUUACAUCUCAGUCAUCUCAGAAAUCAUCACCCUCAUCAUCAGUAUCUUCUUCACAGACACAGCCUUCAUCGUCAGUACCAUCAUCAUCCACAUCUUCAUUAUCAGCAACAUCAGCACCUACAUCCACUCCAGACAAAGCCACCAGUGAUUCAUUAAAGAAACCUGCAAAGGAAGAAUCGUUUGAGGAGGUUAAGAGCAGAGGAAAUGAGUGUGUUAAAAAGUCGGAGUUCAAAUCAGCCAUCGAGUGUUAUACCCGCUGUGUGGAGUCAGACCCCAAGCAGACUGUCAGUUACACCAAUCGAGCGCUGUGUUACAUCAGGAUCAACCAACCAGAGAAAGCGGAACAGGACUGUACAGCAGCAUUAUCAAUAGAAAAAGACAAUGUUAAAGCUUUGUUCAGAAGAGCCCAGGCCAAAAAGAUGCUGAAGAGAUAUAAGGACAGUCUGAGUGACCUGGUUCACUUACUGAAAGUGGACCCCAAAAACACGGCAGCACAGCGGGAAAUAGAGGUGGUCAAGGACUACUGGAGAAAGGAGCUAAAAUCCCGUCCAGCUGAAAGCCCUAGCAGUACCGGCUCAAACGAAAAGGAAACAAAGGCAGCCAAUGAAAACAAGACCUCAAAGGUCAAAGGUCAGUCAUCCUCCAAUGAAAAGUCAGCUCAGGUAGCAGCGAGUUCAAAACCUAGUGCACCAAAAGCUGCAAAGCAAGAGUCCAGUCAAGCAGAAGAAAAGUCCAACUCCAAGAAAGGGAAACAGAAAACAAGGAAGAGGAUGGUCAUAGAGGAAAUGGACUCCGAAGAAAAACAGUCAGACAGCAAAAAGGAAAUUGAGAAAGAGGCUCCAACCCCUUCGCAUCAGUCUGGUGUAAAACAGACGACCCACAAACAAGAGCCUGCUCCAAAAUCUGGACACACCACCCCUACUGCUCCACCCCCUAGUCAUCACCCAAGUGCCACGCCCACUGAACCCCACAGUCAUCAAGAAUCCAAGUCCAAAAAGAAGGGGAAGAAAAACAAAGCUUCAGGGGAGCAGUCCUCGACGAGACCAACAGAAACAAAGUCAAGUUCGGAGGAGAAAUCUCCUGUAGCUUCAUCAAAGUCUCAGGGUGCUGAAAAGUCACCGUCUUCUACCAAACCUGUUCAGAAAUCCAGUAUAAAGGCCACUAGUACUGGCCUCCCUGUGGUUCCCUCCACCGCGCCUCGACUAGAGAAGGCCACGCCCUACGAGUUCAUUCAGGCGUGGAAUUCUCUGAAGAACGUCUCUGAAUUACAGCCCUAUGCUGACUUACUGAGGCAAAUUCCUCCUAAAGACUUGCCUCAAGUCAUCAGCAACAAACUAGAUGGUGGAAUGCUGAACCAAAUCACCAAGUGUGUGGCAGAGAAAUUGAUCAAGCAAGGUGAAUUGGAUCUAAGUUACAGUAUUCUGUCUCAUUUGACCAAAGUUCCGAGGUUCUCGACGAUAUCCAUGUUUUUGUCUUCUGCAGAAAAGAAAGAUCUCCAGAGUGUGUUUUCUCGCCUUCAGCAAACUGACUCCACUCAGUAUAGCUCUGAGGACUUGUCAAGAUUGAAGAAAGACUAUGGAGUCUAACUCCUAUAACUCAUAACUAAAUUCUUGUGAUAAUAAUUAUGCUAAUUAAAAGAACUAGGUUGGGAAGUCCUGGUAAUUACCCAAAGAAGGUUUCUUACUAAGUGCUUAAUGUUGACCAUAAACAAUUACUAUUCAUCUCUUGUCAAAUUCACCUGCAACGCCUUCAUAACUAUGCACUUUUAGUAGAUUUUGGUUGACUUGACCUUUGAACUUGAAUUCGCACAUAUCAGCCAAUCAGACGAGCUCAUGACUUAACACCUACACAUACAUGUACUUCUGGUAAUGAUGUGUUGUUAUGCAUUAUGUAGAAUUUUGCCAUGAACCAUAUCUAAACACUGCACACAUGCAAUUUGAAGGCUAUUUUAUUGUAAACACUUCACUACAUGUACAAAAGCACCUUAAAUUUUAAAUUUCCACUUUGUAUUUCUAUGGAGUAUUUUUGGUUUUCAUUGCAAAUUUACCAGUAAGGAAUUGAGUGUCCAUGGAUUUUGUCCUCUUUUCAUUACAAUUUUUCUUUUAGAAAAGUUUUUCUGUUUCUUGAUAAAAGGUUGUCUUAAUUUUGUAUCAUCCAUUGAUUUUUAAGCAUGAUUAUCCAUGGCUUUUGUCUUUUUUUAUACCAAGUGGAUGUUUUUCUUAAUUAAUGAAUUCUCCUGAUUCAGGUCAGACCUUGAAGAUUAUUUGGUCUAUGCAGCCUUUUAGAUUCAUUUAACAAUUUCCUGUCUGGUAAUUAAUUACUUUAUGUGGUAAUAGAUAAUUACCUUAAUUAAUUCAUAUUUUCCCCUGUUUAUUACUACAUUUCAUUAAGUUAGCUUUAUGGGGGAAUUUUUUCUUCUGUUUAGAAAAUUGCAUAAUUUGUACAUUUGUGUUCAUUUGGUAUGAUAAUCUGAGACAGCAAUUUUUUUGUUGUUUUUUUUUUUUUGGUGACUUCUUAAUGAAGUGACACUGGUUAAGGCUUUGUAGUAGAAGAAUAGGGGAAAAAACAUUGUAAAACACACUAUAAAUUAGAAGGUAAUUUCAAAAUAAGAAAUGAGUGUCUUGAUAUUCUACAGCAUUGCUAUUACCAGUAAGUGCAUUAAAUAUCAGCACACAGGAAACUAAAUGUUACAAGGCUAAGGUAGUUAUCUAUCUUGCUGCAGAUACAUAUAUAUAUAUACAUGUGGCCGAGUUACUUCAGAAGGUCAGGAUAUCCCCCCCCCCCCCUCUUUUAACCCCCCAAACCCAAUGAAUGCCAGGCAUAUCUGUUCAAAACUAUAAGAGUUGUUGAUGAGGCAGUGGAAUGCAUCAUAAAUUUAUCCAUUAAAAGGCCAGGCAAUAAAUCACAUCAAAAAGCCAGUAACUUGUCUUUAUUCAUGCAUUGCUAUUUAAUUUUUUUUUUGGGGGGGGGGGGGGGGGGGGGCUGUCAUUAAACCAGAUAUAUGACACUGAUUGUUUAGCAUCUUACGGUAAAUGAGUUGUAAAAAAAAGAAAGUAAUAAUUAUGCAAAAGAAAUUGAGAUGAUGUCAAAUGAAAAGUUGCAGGACAUUUUUUUUCAGAAAUGCAUACAAUUGCAUAGUUGUACAUGUAUAUAUUUUCUUUUUUUUACUUUUGGUGCAAUUUAUGAAUAAUUAAGAUGACAAAUUCCAUAUUUUGGAUAUUUAUAUUUGGAUAUUUUGGAUAUACAUGACUGUAUCCAUUGCUUAGUAAUUUGUCAUUCCAGAGGACUGGAAAACGUGGAGAGAAAAAGUAUUAUGUGGAGUGAUUGUUGCAUUUUAUUACAGUGUUCUCUGUGUGUGUCUGUUUUUUCAUUAUGAUGGAGAUAUUUAUGUGAUUGACAUUAAAACGUUGAACAAAGCCA